CAUGCGUAAGCAGUACACCAGACCUAUUUGUCCUUAUACUGCAAACUAAAGCUAGUAACUGAAGCACAUCAAAUGAGAACACGUUUUUAUGAGAAAGAGGAGUGAGUGGGUGUGUGAGUUCAACUUUUUUUUACCUACAAGGAAGUCGCGUUCAUUUGGUUACUUGUGCGAAUGAAGUCGGGCAGCUGCCAGGAGUGAACAGGAACGCUACAUGCUUUGAAGACAAACGAACUGACGGACACAUGCAGGAGGAGCAGCAUGGGAAGGUCAUACCUGUCUGUCAGGAUGAGAGUAAAGAGGCAUAAGGUCUUCCUGGUGUGCUUACUGGGGAUUUGUGUGGUUUCCUUCCUUCAUUACUACACAGCCCUGCACAAUAUUUCUCUGCUGCAGGAGAUCUCCUCUCCAUCCAGCCAUUUGAAGACUCUGAAGAUGUUGAGAGGUUUCCUCUGGAACUUUCCAACUGAUGACAUCCCCUUCAAGCAAGACCGUCAGAAAUCCAGCCAUCAGAAGGAUUUUGUCGACCUGCCAGAUCUUCCAGAUGCCAAACAGGUCGUCACAAACCUUCACAAGCAGAUCUUUGAGCUUCGUGAUGAUUCUACACCAUUUUUUACCCACACCGAGUCUGGAGCAUUGUGCUUCCAUGAGGGGACGGAUCUGGCUGCACUUGCAUCUCAAGGCAGGUUACUGAAACAUUAUGAGGAGAGAACCCCCCUCAAAGAUGAUUUAAUCAAAUCAGGCAAGAAGGACGUUCGGUGUCCCUGUCGUCAGGGUUGGCAUGGCCCUCAAUGUGGCAUACCUACUGUUGUGUAUCAUUCCAAUCUCCCAUCAAAGUCGAAAGUCACACCCAGAAAAAUUCCACGUCGGGUCAUCAAUGCCAUUAACAUCAACCACGAGUUUGACCUCCUGCACACGCGCUUCCAUGAACUCGCAGAUGUCGUGGACACAUUUUUGGUUUGCGAAUCCAAUUUUACAGCUUAUGGAGACGCAAGACCUUUGUACUUAAAGCAUCUGAUCCUAAAUGGAACAUUUGAUUACAUUAAGCACAAGAUUCUUUAUAUCUUCUUGGACCAUUUUCCUGAUGGUGGCCGCAUGGAUGGCUGGAUUGCGGAUGAUUACCUGCGCACAUAUUUGACCAAAAAUGGAAUGGCAAGGAUUCAGGGCCUCAAACCAGAUGAUGUGUUCAUCUUGAACGAUGCAGAUGAAAUUCCUUCACGAGAUGGAAUUCUGUUCCUUAAACUCUACGAUGGAUGGACUGAACCGGUCGGGAUCCAUUUGCGUAAAUCCUUAUAUGGGUUUUUCUGGAGACAGUAUGGAACGCUUAACGUCUUAUCCGCUUGCACGGCAGCUAUGCUUUUUAAGGUUUACAAGGGUGAUGGGAUUUAUCUUCGACGCCGGUCAUAUUAUACCAUGUCGGGAUUUCGGGAGUACGAAAAUUCUACGGGACGUAUUUUGAUUCCAUGGGCCAUCGGAAGCCCUGUUCAUUAUGCUGGAUGGCACUGUUCUUGGUGUUUCAAACCAGAAGGGAUUUAUUACAAACUAGUAUCAGCCCAGAAUGGAGACUUUCCACGUUGGGGGGAUUAUGGGGAGAAACGGAAGUUAAGUUAUAUUAAAGACUUAAUACGCACAGGGGGUUGGUUUGAUGGGUCUGAACCAGACUACCCACCAACAGACCCCAAAGAGCAUAUGUAUGCUCCCAAAUACCUGCUGGACAACUAUGACAAAUAUCACUACUUGCUGGAAAACCCAUAUGCAAAAGGCAAACGUUAAUAGAUACAGGGGUGAUUCAAAUGGGUGGUUUUAAGACCAUGCUAUAUUUUGCAUACAGCUCAUGAGAUGUGCACAACUUUCCUAUUUUUCACUGCGAGUACAAAGUGCAACAGUCCUCAAGAUAGUGGCCAUCAGUCAGGCAUAGAGCUUCAGACUGUCACCGGGACUGGAAACCACUGUGCAGGGAUGUGUAAAUGUUCAUUUCAUAUCCCUUCUAUAAGUUUAUUCACAAUAAGUUCCUUAUGUUAUGAUGCUGUUCAAAAAGUCUAUGCUUCAAAUGUAGCAUUUUGUUUAUCCUGAGAAGUGCCUUUUACAGUGUAAAAAAAUUGUACAAUGUACCGAUUGAUCGACUGAUGAAACAUUGAUAAAAAAAAAAUCAGAAUAAUGUUCAGUACAUAACUCCAUCAGCCGUUUUGAAAAUAUGUAAUAUUGAUAAAUUGCAAGUCUUUGUGCAGACGGUAUGUCUAUUCCUCACAAGCCUUGUUUUUACCUGUGUUAAACUGUGUCUUUUGCUAUGAAGGAAUAUUUUCAUAGUUCCUAUAACUUUUAAAAACUUUUUAAAAUAGGAACUGUUAAUUAUUUUAGGAAUUACCCAAGUAUCUAUAAGAAGUACCAGGGGUGUACAUGAAAACUACUGUUUACUUUUUCUCUGUGGUAACAAUUUUUAGCACUUACAACUAAGCAUGGGCCAGAAUAAGAUUCUGGCGGUAUGAUGACCUUGGAAAAAAUAUCAUGGUGUCACAGUAUGUAGAUAACUGGUCUAAAAUAUAUACUUUUUAAAUGUCUUGGUAAAAAACUUUUUUCCCUAUUGAAAAUAAUAUAUUUUAUUUUGAGAAACAUUUAUAAUAUUUUGUAACAUGUCAGGCUAAAUAAUUGAAAUGAAUCAUUGACUUCUACUGUCUUCAUUAGUUUCAAAAACAGAUUUUUUUUACUAUUUAAAAUGAAAACUUUGGAGAUCUUUUCUGCUGAAGAUACUGCUGUGUAAAAAAAAACUCUUACACAUAACUUAGGAAAAGUAUAACAGAAAAUUUUGACCGUUUUGAAACCUUGACUCUUCCAAAACGUGGUCUAUCUUGAAUUCGGUUAUUAUCCCAUGCCUACUUACAACUAUGGUACUAGAUUUAAUCUGAUAGCUCUCCUAUUUGCUGUUUUUGUCUCGUAACUUUUAUUAUAUAACAACAACAAGCUUGAGUUAUGGUGUCAUUAUGGUCAUGAUUUUUGCAAACAUGACUAAGACUUACUUGAGUCUAAGGUACACAACGCUUAAACAUUUGCUUAGGAUUUAUUUUGCACUGUUAACUAUUAUGAAAUGGACUAUAAAAACAAUACAAGCCCAUGUUGAUAUUGGAUAUCCUCAGUGUUAUUCUAAUAAAGCACAAAGACAAAUUCCAUGCUUAAAACUAUUAAUCAGAAAAAGACUGGAGAAGCUCUGUGAAGGCUAUGUGUUCAACGGAUGCUAUGCUAACAAACGCAAAAAUAUUUAGCUAUGCUUUGGGCUUAAGCAGAGUUUAAUUAAAAAAUUAAAAUUUCUUCAUUUACUUACACUUGAGCGGUUAUAAAUGUUUAGGAAAUUUUUAGGAACUUUUCUCUGUUAAACACUAAACUAAGCUAAACUUCUACUUUUCUGAAGAAUGUUGACAAAUAGCAGCUUUUCUUUUGGAGAUUCUUCAGUGUUCAACGUUUAACAGAAAAAAAGGAACUUAAAUAAGUUUUCAUCUGGUUCGGACCAAGUGAAGAAUGACAGAAUUUUCAUUUUUGGUUGAACUGUGCCUAGUAUUUAGUGAUUGGUGGUGAACAAUGAAGGGCACCUCAAGUUGUUGUGCUUCAUGACCCAAUGAUUAAAGCCAUGCAGAUAUAAUAACAAGGAAAAUCAACAUAUUUGAAAUUUAAAUGUAUGACUUUCUCAAGACUAUGCAAAAGGAUUUAGGCACUUUGUGACUAAUAUGAUUUUUUUAUAUAUAUUUAAAAAAACGAGAAAGAAAAAAACUGUGUUCUUCACCAGGUUUCACUCCUAUUACCAUAAAAUCUCCAUAACUUAAAGGGACUUGAUGGUUUGAUACGAAAGCUAUAUCCUUAUAGAUAUUUAUUGGUUCCAUAAACUGGUGGUUUAUGUUUUUAUAAUGCAAAUCUGCCUGGAAUAUUUGUUAUGUCAGGACUGACUUGUUUGGAACAUUAUUUGCAUGAUAUUGUAAUUAGAAAAUGUGGUGACAAACAAAUGAAAAGGUCUAAAAAA